AUUGUUUUUCGUUUUAAUUUUCCUUUUUUCGGAAAAUUCCAUUCGUAUAAAUCAAGUGAAAUUCGUGUACAUUUAAAGAAUAUUACGUGCGGUCAAAGCGUGAAGUGAUCGUAAUGGACGAAGAUUCCAAUCAGAGUUCUCGCAACAGCCAGCAACAAACUGAUCCAAUGACUGACGAAUCAAAACAUCGCGAAUCGGAUUCGCAAAUGACUCUGACCUACGACUCGGACUCGGAACUGCAUGGGGAAGAUAAGCUGCGGAUUGACGAGUCGGACGGUGAGCAUCAAACGGAUAAGGCACUUCCGGUAGGAAUUUCGAGCUUGAGUAAUGACCAUCACUCGCUAGUGGCUUCUCCGUUCGAGUUUGAGUCUGCUGCUAAGGAACCUGAAGAACACCCCGGAAAAUUAUCAACAAUCGAAGAUGAUAAUUCCGAAGAAGAGUUAAUAUCCGUGGCUAGGAGCCGGAAGAAAAUAUCCCAGCUGAUUGAUACUGAAUCGGAAGAAGAACAGAGCAAACAGAGUGAGGCAGUUCAGAAACUGACCAGGAAGGUUUCCAAUAUAAUCGAUAGUGAUGAUUCGGAUGGUCCGGUGGAAAAGAAGCAACCGAAUCUAGAUUCGGACGAGCAUCUUCUGAGCAAACAAAACGCGGAAGUCGAUGCUAUUGGCGAGAAGAUUGAGAAGUCCAUGAGCAGAUUCAAGUCGUUGAUCGACUCGGACUCGGCCAGUCCAGCUCACGAUUCGGAUGGUGAAUCCAGAAAGAAGAAAAAAAAGCUUAAAACAAAAAAGGAACGCGGAAAAGGAAAGCGCAAGAACAAGACAGGUGACCCGAAUGAUCUGCUGGCAAGCUUGAACUUGGACUUCAGUGACGAAGAUGGUCGUCCUGGAUCAGGCAGUACUUUGAACUCUGAUAAAGAGGGUAGUUCCGGAAGCACUGACAGUCAAAGCGGCAGCGAUGGCGAAUCCAGGAAGAAGCGAAACAAACAAGAAAGGAAGACGCCGGAUGAGAAACCUCAACGAAUGUCUGCUAAGGCAGCAAUGGAGCAGAUGAAGGUCAUCCAAAGUGAAUCGCAGAGGAUGGCCCGUGAAGCCGGCGUAUCGGUUCCAUACCAUCGGCCCAAACAGCACACGUUACAGGAAUUCCUCAACCGUAGGACGUUGCACAAAUCUACUGUUGGGUCAGACGCGUCGGGAGGUUUAGCAAUGGGUCGUAGGAAAGCAGCCGCUGCCAUCAAAAUGACUCCCGAACAGUUGGCAGCCUAUGCCAAACAACUUGAGGAACGCGAAAAGGAAGCUAUGGAAUUUUUCAAAAGCGAAAGCGACGAAGAUCCUACGGAGCCAGCGUCGGUGGUGGAAACAGAGGAAAAGACUGAUGUCGAGGUAACACCUGCGGAAAAUCAAAUUUCCAACGAAAUAAUCUCUUAUGAAGAAAGUAAGGCUGAUGAUCAGAACGAUCCUCAAGCGCAUGAAGGACACCCGGUGAUCGAUACUUCAUCAAACGAAGUGGAAAAUGAGGCCGUGGAGAGAAGUGCCCCUAUGGACACCGAACUUGGCGAAUCCCUCCGGGUGUCCGAUACGGAGGAAGAUGCUUUAGAUGCCUUGGUCAACAAAACCAAUGAAAACGUUGAACUUCUUCUGGCUUCUCAAGCGGAACCAGAACCAGCAUCAAUCAUCGAAACAGAACCGGAACCCAUUGCUGGACCGAGCAAGGAAACCCCCCGAAUUGAUUAUGAUAUUUUCUCGGAACCAACACCCUCGAAGCUGGCACAGAAGAAAGCAGAGCUCCUAUCGAAUGGUUCCAUAACAGCGUUCCCAAGUUUGAGGGGUAACCCGAACAUGAUUAUCGAUUUGGAUUCGGAUGAUCAGGCACCCUCGGGACCGGACAUACUAUUCCAGCGCUUUGCCAAGUGCAGUGGAAAGAAGGCGAAAAGGGCCGCCAAUUUGAAUAUCCUCAGUACCGACAAGGGUGUGGUGGAAAUGAGCACCGUUUCGCUUGGGUUGGAACAGGAAGAACGGAACCCUAAUGGAAAGGAACCCAUUCCCGGUGCAGCCUACGCGAAACUGAAGCAGAGCUUGUGGGAAAAGAUGGGACAGGCUCGAAUGGAAACACUACGAAAGAGGCAAGAGGGAAUCCGGCCGGCGAAGAAGAUGGACGAUGAGGAGGAUGAAAAUAAUGAAGAGGAUAUUGAAGAUGAUGAAGAGGACGAAAUCGUCGAAAAUGACAAACAUGUUGAGGACAACCAAGAUGAAGGAGAUGAUAAGGAUGAGGAAGAGGUCGGCGAUGCGAAGCUUUGCGAUCUGUUGAAUGAUGAAGCCGACGAGGACGAUGAAGAAGCUGAGGAAACAGAUCAAGUGCCACCGGAAGAAGAGGCAAAUGAUGAUGAUGAGGAUGAUGAUGACGACGAUGAAGAAGAGUCAAGUGAGGAAGAAUCAAUAGACAAACCAGCUAUGGUUAAUGGUGAGAAGAAGAAGAGUCGGAUAAUUACCGCAUUCGAAGACUCAGAUGAGGAAAUUCAAGGAAAAGAUGAGGCUGAACCCAAGGCAGUGCAAAAGACGACAACUGAAGAGCUAUUCUCCAUGUUGGACGGCAACGACAAAUUCACCCCCUCGGAUCGUAACAACCUCGAAACGGGUGAGAACAUGACUCUCCUCUGGAAGGACACGGAAGAACCGGAUACCGCAAACACUCAAGCAGAAGAUGAUCUUCUCGCCCUAUGUUCCGGUCGAUUCGGUGAAACUCAAGCUCCUCCACCGUUGACCGGUGCCGAAUCUCUUUCAACAACCCAACCAAUGACCGCGACUCCUUCGGACUUCCUUGCCCUCACCGAAAGCGAUCGUUUGACACCGGAAAGCGAAAAACCAACAACGGCUGCGGCGGCUCUUUUUACGCAGACCAGAGAACAUCCGGUCGAUGAUAGCGAACUGAUUGCCCUCUGUUCGGGAACGUUUGCUACACAGCAGCAAAAUGUCAACCUGGACACUGAACCGUUCCAGCCAUCGGAAGUGAUUACCAAGGGCAAACUGGUAAUUGUUUCUUCGGACGAGGAGGACCAAGAACGGGAUGUCCAAAAGAAGAAACGAAGGAAACCUAAACGACGAAACGCAAACAUUUCGGAUGAUGAGGAAAGUGAAGAAGAUGCAGCCGAGCACGAGAAAGAAAUGCUGAUAGACGAGGAGGAAGCCGAACGAUUUGUUGACUAUGAUUCGGAGGAAAAUGAAAUCGAAGUGGUGUUGACGAAGAAGGACAAACAGAAGGUGGCUAGUGCGUUUGUGGAGAACGAAGCCGAGCUGUCCGAAUCGGAGUGGGGUAGUGCGGAUGAGGAUGAGAAGGAUCUCGAUCGGUAUGACAUCGAACUGGGAGAUGAAGAAGAGUUUGAUCAAGGCAAACUGCAGCACGAGCUUGAGAAGAUUCAUCUGCGUAGGAUGCUGGAACAGGACAAAAAGGAGGUCAAAUCGUUGCAGGAUAUAUUCUUCGAAGAUGAAGAAAAGGAUGGUGUAGGCCGUGAGAGACAAUUCCGUUGGCGGAAUGCAGAAACGACGUUUAGUUUGGAUUACGACAAAAAGGCGGCGGAUGUUGAGCAGAGAGGAGAGGAUGGAGAAGGUAGUGAUGGGGAAGCGGAGGCCCAAUGGCGCAAAAUGCGAUACGAACGGGAAAUGCUGCUGAAAGAAAAGAAGAUUGAUUUGGAUAAGGUAGAUCUCACCGGGACUCUGUUGGAUCGGUCUAUGGAUGAGGAAAAUGAGGAUAAUGGAAGUGCUAACAAUACAACGUUGUCGGCGAUGAAGAGGAAGAUCACCAUUGUGCGAACGAAGCGGUGCUCUGGUGUGAAUACGCCACAGGAUUCACCGUUCUUGAUUACGAAAUCGUCGUUUGUGCAGGGCCACAAAGCAUCAUUCCUAUCACGUGACGAGGAUACAUUAAACAAACUAGCUAGCUUGGUCAAAGUGAAUCCGGAUACCGAGGGAGUCAAUACGGCUGUAGCAGGGAAAGGAAGGAAUUUCGUAUUCGCAGCCGUUAGUCCCGCUGUAGAUAAGACGAGAUCGAAACGCUCGUUAGAUACCGACAUAGAUGAGUCGGCUCAAGUCGCCAAGAAAACCAAGACCGCCAACUUAACAGCUAACGAGAAUGGUAAAACCAAGAAACGGUUGCUACUGGGACAUCUGAUGUAGGCUUAUGUAAUCACUCGACUAAAUAGUUAUAUUUAUAAACAAUAAACAAUAUCAGUAUG